AAACCAUUUACUCAGAGAAACAAACGUCCAAUCUUUUCUUCUUCAUCUUCAUGGAGACGAACUCGGAUUGCUUCUGGGUUUUAUUUCUCGCAUCCAAAUGCAAGUAUUUUUCUUACCAAAACUCCAUCGUGCUUGUUGUUUUUGUUUGCAUGGCCUGGUUGGCCAUGGCCUUGUGCUUCUGGUUCUUCCCUGGAGGUCCUGCUUGGGGCAAGUAUAAUUGGUUGACCAAGAAAGCUUCCAGUAACGCCAUUCCAGGACCGCGAGGCUUUCCGAUUGUUGGAAGCAUGAACCUCAUGGUUAACCUAGCUCACCACAAGCUUUGCGCUGCAGCUAAAUCCUUUGGUGCAAAGCGGCUCAUGGCUUUUAGCUUGGGUGAAACACGGGUUAUCAUCACAUGCAAUCCCGAUGUUGCCAAGGAGAUUCUUAAUAGUUCUGUUUUCGGUGAUCGUCCGGUGAAAGAGUCGGCUUAUAGUUUGAUGUUCAACAGAGCGAUCGGUUUCGCUCCUUAUGGUGUUUACUGGCGGACACUGAGAAGAAUCGCUGCAACACAUCUGUUUUGCCCUAAACAAAUUAGUUCCACCGAGGCACAAAGGCUGGACAUCGCGUCUCAAAUGGUGUCCAUCAUUGCAUGUUGUCGUGGAGAGUUCUCCGUACGCCAUUUACUCAAGAAAGCUUCACUGAACAACAUGAUGAGCUCAGUGUUUGGAAGUAAAUAUCAUCUGGGAUCAUCGAAUCCUGAAACAGAAGAACUCAGCCAGCUUGUUGAAGAAGGUUACGACCUACUAGGGAAGCUCAAUUGGUUUGAUCAUCUUCCAUGGCUUGGUGGCUUAGACAUUCAAAAAAUCCGGCUUCGAUGCUCGGAACUUGUUCCCAGAGUGAACAAUUUUGUGAACAAAAUCAUCCAGGAGCAUAAACUCCGAAUUGGAGCAAAAAACCAUGAUUUUGUCGACGUUUUACUUUCUCUCAACGGAUCUGAUAGGCUCUCGGAAAACGAUAUGAUUGCCGUUCUUUGGGUAAGAAACAAGCUUAUCGGCAAUUGCCAUGAUAAUUCAUGAAGAAAGCAAUUUACU